AUGUCUACAUUCGCCCACGACUCCGACUAUGCUCCCCAGGGCGGGCUGAGUCCUGAGACAAAGCAAGCGAGCCAAAGCAACGGCGUCGAGCCGGCGAACUUGCAGCAGACCUUGGUCGAUAACGCUUCUGCCGCCGCCCAGACGAUCCAGCAGCAUCCAAUCACACAGAAUCUCGUGAAUGGUCCUGUCGCUCAAUCAGCAAGAAACGAGGCCGCCGCGACAAAGUCCGAGUUCAGCAAUUUGGCCGGCUCGCGUUCAAAACCUGAUUACACCGCCAGCAAUGCAAGCCUCCCUGCCCUCCCAAUGACCGAGGACACCGAACUCACUCACUAUCAUUCAUUCUUCUAUACGCUUCUCAGUUGGAAGAACAAACGAGCCACUGGCAUCACCUUUGCUUCCGCGAUUGCCUUCAUCUUCGCUGUCCGAUACCUCCCCAUCAUCCGAUAUGUGAUCAAGCUUACCUGGAUGAGCCUUGGUGUUGUCACCAUUGCCGAAGCCUCGAGCAAAGCUCUCAUGGGCUCUAGUGUGGCCAGCUCGCUCCGACCUCGAAGAUACUACAAAAUUCCAAAGGAAACUCUCGAAGCCUCCCUUGACGAUCUCGAGAACCUCAUCAAUUUCUUCGUCAUCGAGAUCCAGCGCAUUGUGUUUGCCGAGAAUAUACCAGUGACCGCGGUUGCUUUCCUGACUGCAUUCAUAACCUACUACCUCAUCAAGGUCGUCCCCUUCUGGGGCAUGGCCUUGAUCUCCACCUCCGUUAUUUUCCUUGCCCCUUUGAUCUAUCUCGAGAACAAGGAGUUUAUCGACGCCCAAUUGGAGCAUGCCAGCCACGUUAUCGGUCAACAAACCACCCAGAUCAAAGAUCUUACUGCCCAGCACACAAGCAAGGGGCUUGAGUCUGUGAAGCAAUACACAGGAACCGCGGCGGCAAAGGCUCAAGAUUUGGUUGGAACCGCCCGCCAGAAGAUCCCGUCUCCUACCACUGGCAAAGCUCCGAUCAAGGAGAAUGACUUCCCGUCUGCGCCGCAGACCGAUCUUCCCGACACCAAUGCCGACGUUCUUCAGCGCGAGACCGAACCCGUCCCUGCCUCUUAA